CGACGCGAGCGCAGCAUGAGUGCGACGCGCGUGUGCGUGUAGUGGAGCUGCAGAAAUGGCGACCGAGCGGCUUCAAUUCCACCAAAUGGGCCUUGACGACCGUCUUUUAAAGGCGGUGGCAGAUCUGGGUUGGUCCCAGCCCACCUUGAUCCAGGAGAAGGCCAUCCCCCUGGCUCUGGAGGGCAAAGACCUCCUGGCUCGAGCCAGGACCGGCUCUGGAAAAACUGCCGCUUAUGCCGUACCUGUCAUCCAACGCAUCCUGGCUUCCAAACAGAGUGUUAGCGAGCAGGACGUGAGGGCUCUGAUACUGGUGCCUACCAAGGAACUGGGGCGGCAGGUCCAGACCAUGAUGAGGCAGCUGACUGCGUACUGCUCUAGGGACGUCCGCGUGGCGGACAUCUCCGGAAAAGCCGACGUGUCUGCGCAGAGGCCCAUCCUGAUGGAGAAGCCAGACGUGGUGGUGGGCACGCCGUCCCGUGUGCUGGCCCACCUCAACGCGCGCAAUCUGAGCCUGCAAACCUCACUGCAGAUGCUGGUGGUGGACGAGGCCGACCUGGUUUUUUCCUUCGGUUUCGAGGACGACCUGAAGAAUCUGCUAUGCCACCUGCCAAAGAUCUACCAGUCCUUCCUCAUGUCAGCCACCCUCAGUGAUGACGUUCAGGCCUUAAAGGAGCUUCUGCUGCACAAUCCCGUGACACUGAAGCUAGAAGGUUCCCAGCUGCCAGACAGCAGCCAGUUGCAGCAGUUCAGCAUUCAAUGCGAGGAGGAGGACAAAUUCCUGCUGAUCUACACGCUGAUCAAGCUGCAGCUGGUGAAGGGCAAGACGCUCAUUUUUGUGGGAGCCGUGGACCGAUGCUACCGCCUCAAGCUCUUCCUGGAGCAGUUCGGUAUUCCCGCAUGUGUGCUCAACUCGGAGCUACCCAUCCAGUCCAGGAGUCACAUCAUCACGCAGUUCAAUCAGGGAUUCUAUGACUGCAUCAUCGCCACGGACGAGCGCACUGUGGCCGACCCCGCCGCCACUUCGAAGGCUGCAGGAAAAAUAAAAAAUAAGGGGGGAAAGGCUAAAGAGAAAGAAUAUAGCGUCUCCAGAGGUGUGGAUUUCCAAGAUGUUGUCAACGUCAUCAACUUUGAUUUCCCCGCCACCGUGGAGUCGUACAUCCAUCGGGUGGGAAGGACGGCGAGAGCUGACAAACCGGGCACGGCCUUGUCCUUUGUAUCUCAUACGGAAACCGCUUUGCUCUCUGAAGUGGAGGAGAUGCUGACAGGAGAUAAUGCGGAAUCGUCCCUGAAACCCUACCAGUUUAAGAUGGAAACCAUUGAGGGCUUCAGGUACAGAUGCAGGGACGCAAUGCGAUCGGUCACCAAGCAGGCGGUGAGAGAAGCCCGACUGAAGGAGAUCAAGCAGGAGCUGCUCAAUUCGGAGAAGCUGAAGACGUACUUUGAGGACAAUCCCAGAGAUCUGCAGCUCCUCAGACAUGACCAAGACCUUCACCCUGCCAUCAUCAAGCCUCACCUUAAGAACAUCCCAGAAUACCUCAUUCCUGAAGAUCUGCGGGGUAGAUUCAACCCGCUGUCCAAUAAGAGGAGGUUGAAAAGGACAAACCAAAAGCCCAAACCACACGGAGUCGCCAAAAGUAGCUUCAAGGGGAAGAAUCCGCUGAGGAGUUUCCAGUACACAAAAAGGGACCGGAACAAAAAGCAAAGCCGUUCAUAAUAAAUCUGGAUGAAAGGUGAUCAAAAAUGAACCUAUAUUAACUUCGUCUUCUUCAAAAAAAGACAGUAAUAUCAUACAUUGCCUUUUUUUUCUUGCUUAUUUCCAUUCAUAAUAAAAUGUUUCUACGCAAUUCCCCAAAUCAA